AUGGCCCACACGUCCUCAUCGUUGCCGCGCGUCCUCACUUUUGCCGUGCUCUACUCCUCGCUCUGGCUGGCGAUUCUUCCACGCUCCACGGAUGCCGUGUCCCUCUCGUACGUGCUGAGUCAGCUGACCAACAUGGGCAACACGGGCUCCAAGGCCGCGAACAUGUCCGCGGCAAUGGUGGAGUUUGCCGCAGGAUACGACAAGGUGACGGACAUUGGCGGAUGCUCGCUUCUUGUACCCUACAACGACGGCUGGACCCGCGCGCUCGCGGGCUACAAAACCAAGAACCCGUCUGCGACUACCGCGUCGGACCCGAUUCUCGAGGCGCUCAGCACGGUGGUGAACUCGCCGGGGUCCGUGGCGCCGCUCAACGCCAUGUCUGCCAACGCCAAGAACGCCCUGUCCCGCCUCGCCAAGUUCCUGGCGGUUGCUACCUACAUUGCACCCAUGGACAUGGUCACUGGCAGCGUGAGUGUUCCCCCACUUGCAGCAAGCCCAGAUCAACCCACAUCACAUUGCUUCUUAUGCAUCCGUUUCCCUUCCAAACAGUACAAGACCGGGAGGUUCAGCCUCAGCACGGAGGUCAACCAGCCAGUGUAUCUCUACGGCAACGCCAGUGGCAGCCCCUUCAAAUCUGCUAGUUUAGAUCAUGCCUUCACUGGAACCGACCGUGGCUCUGAUGCCAGUGCCAAAAAUGGGCUCAUGGCGGGGGUAGACGCUGGAGGGCCGAAAGCUGUGGCGGGUGCGAAGAGUUCUGUUUCUAUGACUUCCACCACUUCAAUUCUGGACAAGACAACGUCAUCCUCUCAAGUGUCCGCGACCUAUCUGACUGACGUGGUGUUCCCUGCCAACAUGGGCUCGCUCACCAGCACCGAUGCCGUUGGCAUAUAUGGCAAAGGUGCUGGCAGGCUUGCCAAGUCCCUUGGCCUGAUUAUUUCUCUUGUUGCCGCUGUUCUCCUUUUUUAG